CUGGGCAAUACCUGCUCGACAAAUAUAUGCCACCCGUAGCUGGUACUCUAAGAUGGACGAACAAUUUAGCCGCGAGACUUACUGGGCCACUUCAAAACUUCAAAUCAUUACAGCAUCCAAUCGUCGAAAGUCCAAGGGCAAUGAGUAUCAUUACGAGAGCUGAGAAAUUUCUAGACACGAUCAAAGAAUUCAACACAAAGACAUUCAACGAAUGGGCAGAACAAGUCCCUACUCAAAUACAGUGUAGCUUGAAACAAUGUUUGUUAGAAAGGAACUCCAAAACUAAUGAGUUAAACAUGAAUUUCAAUCCACAGCUGACAGCCGUUCUUAGGGAGAUACGUUAUCUGAAAUUAACAGGCCAGGAAAACAUAUCUGAAGAUAUUCUGAAAAUAUCCGAAAAGGACCAGAUUUUGCAGAAAUAUAUUUCAGUUUUAACUGCGACUGUUACUUGGUACAAUACUGUCAAGAAAUCGUCAAGGGAAGUGGAGUUUCAUUUGAUUGAGAACGAUAUUUUAAAAAUCGAUGAAAUGGUACAAAUUGGAGAGAAGGAUCUCAACUGGGAGUCAACUGAUAUAUGGACGUACUUGACCGAUUUGCAUCUACUGAUCGGAAACUUGCACAACAACCUCCAAAAAUGUCAGGAUAACUUGCAGGCGAUAAAAAAUAUCCUCGUACCUUUUGCACGUCAUCCACUUUUCGAACGCAAAGACGGCAAGAAAGACGGUUUCUUAGACAUUCAAAAUAAAGAAGAAAUACUCAACAAGCGAAAGACAGACCUAAUGAAUGCUUCUGUGGAAGUAAGGAGACUUCUAGAUGAGAAUAUGCAGAUCUUUGGUAUGAGAGACAAGCAGGAUGAUAAGAAAUGGAUUCAAUAUGAAGAUUAUAUUGAUGAUAUUGUCACAAAUUAUCUCUACCAAUCGGUUGGAUGCUGCCUGGGGUACAUCAACGAACAUAUGGAUCCCAGCAACAACUUGGCACCUCUAUUUGAGUGCCAAUUAGAGCUUCUUGAACCAAACAUAGUCUUUACCCCAUCUUUGGACCCAAACAACCCAAAAGGUCUAAGGUGUUUCGUCAAAGAUCUCAUUGACAAGAUCACUGAAACCAUCGUCGUAGUGGACAGAUUCUCGAAAAAGAAAACAAUACCAUACAUUGACGAGAUCGUAUCAAAUAGAGACAUAGUUGAUAUUAAAGAAGAUAUCUUAAAAAGCAUAGAUAAGGUUAUAGAAGAGGCAUACCAGUUCAGCGAAAACUUUGAUAACUAUUCUUAUCUCUGGUUGGAUGAUCGCCACGAGUAUCUGUAUGAGUUUUUGAAUUACGGAAGACAACUCACAGCUGAAGAAUUAGAGUACAUUAGUUUGAAAGACCCGUUGGCUCCGAAACCGUCGCCACCUAGGAUGGAGCAGUUCAGGGAGCAAAUUGACAACUUUGAAAACAUUUGGAGCGAGGUAGAAAAAAUGAAGGAAUCAGAAAUUUUCCACAACUGGUACAAACUAGAUGUCAGACCCUUCAAGCAAGCUUUGUUAAACACUAUACGCAAAUGGGGAAAUAUGUUUAAAGAGCAUCUUGUUAAUACGGUUACAAACAGUUUGUCUGACUUGAGUCAGUUCAUACGACGUGCUGACGAAGGUCUACAACAAAGCAUUGCUGAAGGAGACUAUCAGACGCUUGUGAAUGUCAUGGGCUUCCUUCUGAACGUCAAAGAUAGGCAAGCAACUACAGACGAAAUGUUUGGGCCACUAAGAGAAACAAUCGAGCUCCUAAAGUACUACGAUCAAGAUAUUCCAGAAGAAGUUAACGUGUAUUUACAAGAACUUCCUGAACAGUGGAACAAUACCAAAAAGAUUGCAGUUACAGUCAAGCAACAGGUGGCACCACUGCAAGCGGCCGAAGUUGCUUGCAUCAGAAAACGUAUCGUUGAUUUCGAUCAUAGGGUAACGUACUAUCGUGAGGUAUUCAAAAGAUACGCGUUCUUCAGAUACAAUUGUCCAAAACCAUAUGACAUGGUAGAUAGAGUUGACGAGGAUCUUAGAAAACUAGAGAAGGAGAUGAGAGACAUCCACGAAUCUGGUUCUCUGUUUGAAGUGAACGUCCCGGAGUUCAAGAUUCUGAGGCAAUGCAGGAGGGACCUUCGACUGCUUAAGCAACUGUGGGACUAUGUGCAUAUAGUUCAUUCCUGCGUGGAUGAUUGGAAAACGACAGCUUGGAGAAAAAUAGACGUCGAAAAUAUGGAUAUAGAGUGCAAGAAGUUCGCUAAAGAAGUAAAAAUGUUAGACAAAGAAAUGCGGCUUUGGGAUACAUAUAUUGGAGUGGAAUGUACUGUGAAAAAUACUUUGACUUCCUUGAAGGCUGUUGGAGAGCUACAGAAUCCUGCGAUCAGGGAAAGACAUUGGGAUCAGCUGAUGACAAGCACAAAGACGAGGAUCGUUAUGGACGCUAACACAACCCUGGCAGACCUGCUAGAAUUAAACUUACACGAAUGCGAAGAAGAAGUCAAGAAUAUCGUAGACAAAGCUGUUAAAGAGAUGUCAAUGGAAAAGAUCCUCAGAGAGCUUAAUAUAACUUGGUCAGCCAUGGAGUUUGAACAGGAGUUACAUGCCAGGACCGGUUGUACGUUACUGAGAGCCAGCGAAGAGCUGAUUGAAACUUUGGAGGAAAAUCAGGUUCAAAUGCAAAAUCUGAUCACUUCAAAGUUUAUUGCACAUUUCUUGGAAGAAGUGUCAUCUUGGCAGUAUAAACUGGGAUUAGCGGAUCAAGUGAUAUCGAUUUGGUUCGAAGUUCAGAGAACAUGGAUGCAUCUAGAAUCGAUAUUUAUGAGCUCGGAAGAUAUCAGAAAGCAAUUGCCAGAGGACUCUGCUAGGUUUGACAAUACUGAUAAGAAUUUCAAGGAAUUGAUGAAAGAAAUGGCAAAAAUACCUAAUGUCAUCGAGUCUACAAAUCGACCAGGGUUACUUGAAGUCCUGGAAGCCUAUCAGAAGGACCUAACACUUUGCGAAAAAGCUUUGGCGGUAUACCUGGAAACUAAGCGGCUUGCUUUUCCAAGAUUCUAUUUUGUGUCAUCUGCAGAUCUAUUAGAUGUACUUUCUAACGGCAAUCAGCCAGAACUAGUCGUAAAGCAUUUGACAAAAUUAUUUGAUUCCAUCGCAAAGCUGAAUUUUGGCAAAAAAGAAGACAACACACUUGAUAAGUCUAUCAUUGGAAUGUAUGCGAAAGACGGAGAAUAUGUCCAGUUCAACCAAACAACGUCAUGUGAUGGACCCGUAGAAGUUUGGUUGAAUCGAGUCCAAGAUUCAAUGAGAUGCUCGAUAAGACUUUACAUCGGAGAUGGGGUGCUUUCUUAUGAAGAAAAACCAAGAGAUCAAUGGUUAUUUGACUUUCCAGCACAGGUUUCCCUAUGCGGUACACAAAUUUGGUGGACUACAGAAGUGAACAUAGCAUUUUCAAGGCUUGAGGAAGGUUACGAUAAUGCUCUGAGAGACUACUACAAAAAACAGGUGUCACAACUAAGCACCCUUAUAUCACUUCUGCUGGGUGAUCUAUCAAAGCAAGACAGGCAGAAGAUCAUGACGAUAUGCACGAUAGAUGUACACUCAAGAGAUGUCGUAGGGAAACUCAUCCAAAUGAAAGUAGAAAGCGCUUCCGCCUUCCCAUGGGUAUCUCAAUUGAGACACAGAUGGCAAGAGAGCGAGAAGCAGUGUUACGCUAAUAUAUGCGAUGCUCAGUUUCGAUACAGUUAUGAGUACUUGGGAAAUACGCCUCGGCUGGUGAUAACUCCAUUGACAGAUAGGUGUUAUAUCACAUUGACUCAGUCUUUGCAUCUUGUGAUGGGAGGUGGCCCAGCAGGACCGGCUGGUACAGGAAAAACUGAGACCACAAAAGACCUUGGUCGAGCUUUGGGAAUAAUGGUUUAUGUCUUUAAUUGCUCGGAACAGAUGGAUUAUAAAUCUUGCGGUAACAUUUACAAAGGCCUCGCUCAAACGGGUGCUUGGGGCUGCUUCGAUGAAUUCAACAGAAUAUCUGUUGAAGUACUUUCAGUGGUAGCGGUGCAAGUAAAAUCAGUUUUGGACGCUAUCAAAAAUAAAAAAAUAACAUUCGAUUUUAUGGGAGAUAUGAUAAACCUGGUACCAACCGUGGGGAUUUUCAUAACAAUGAAUCCUGGAUAUGCUGGCAGGACUGAGCUUCCUGAAAAUCUGAAAGCCUUAUUCAGGCCUUGCGCGAUGGUAGUCCCAGAUUUUGAAUUGAUUUGCGAAAUAAUGUUAGUAGCCGAAGGCUUCCAAGAAGCGAAAAUUCUAGCUAGGAAAUUCAUAACAUUGUAUACUUUAUGCAAGGAACUUCUGUCAAAACAAGACCAUUAUGACUGGGGUCUCAGAGCGAUCAAGUCAGUUUUAGUUGUAGCAGGAUCACUGAAGAGAGGCGAUCCAGGAAGGCCUGAAGAAGAGGUCUUGAUGAGGGCUCUAAGGGACUUUAACGUCCCAAAAAUCGUCACUGAUGAUACCCCUGUUUUUAUGGGUCUUAUAGGAGACCUAUUCCCCGCACUGGAAGUACCUAGGAAAAGAGACGCUGAAUUUGAAAGAACUGUGAAACAAGCAGCAAUGGAUUUGAAGCUGCAACCCGAAGAUAACUUCAUUCUGAAAGUUGUCCAGCUUGAGGAACUGUUGGAAGUACGACACUCCGUAUUCAUAGUAGGUAAUGCGGGUACAGGCAAAACCGAGGUCUGGAAAACCCUUUUCAAAACGUACGUGAACAUCAAAAGAAAACCUGUGUACAACGACUUGAACCCAAAAGCGGUGACAAACGAUGAACUAUUUGGUAUCAUAAAUCCGGCGACCAGAGAAUGGAAAGAUGGCCUUUUAUCCGUCCUGAUGCGAGACCAAGCAAAUUUGCAAGGAGAAAACCCCAAAUGGAUCGUAUUGGAUGGCGAUAUUGACCCAAUGUGGAUAGAGUCUCUCAACACUGUCAUGGAUGAUAACAAAGUGCUCACGUUGGCUAGCAAUGAAAGAAUCGCUCUAACGCCAACUAUGAGACUGCUGUUUGAGAUAUCGAAUCUCAGAACUGCUACUCCUGCUACAGUCUCUAGAGCUGGGAUUUUGUAUAUAAAUCCACAAGACCUGGGAUGGAAUCCAUAUGUUACAAGCUGGAUAGACACUCGUGAAAAUCAAACUGAAAAGUCUAACUUAAUAAUGCUAUUCGAUAAAUACAUACCGAUUUGUUUGGAAAAUGUGCGAACCCGAUUCAAGAAGAUUACACCAAUUACAGAAACCUCGCAUCUAGCUAUGUUAUGUCAUCUCCUAGAAUGUCUUUUGAUACCUAGCAACGUACCACCAGACUGUCCCAAGGAACUGUAUGAACUAUACUUUGUUUUUUGCUGUGUGUGGGCAUUUGGAUCUGCAAUGUUCCAAGAACAGGCGACUGACUACAGGGUAGAAUUUACAAAAUGGUGGGUGAACGAGUUCAAAACUGUGAAAUUUCCAACAGGUGGAACUGUGUUUGAUUACUACAUAGAUUUUGAAUCCAAACAAUUUGUUCCCUGGACAGAGAGCCUGGGCCGUUUUGAGCUAGAUCCAGAUGUUCCAUUGCAGGCCGUUCUUGUACAUACAGCAGAAUCCAUACGAAUAAGAUACUUCCUGGACCUGCUCAUGGAAAAACGCAAUCCCGUAAUGCUGGUAGGGACAGCGGGAUGUGGAAAAACAGUCUUAGUCAAGGAUAAACUUGGCGCUCUUUCAGAAAACUACGCAAUAACUAACGUUCCGUUCAAUUUUUAUACCAGCUCGGAAAUGCUGCAAAAGAUUCUGGAGAAACCUUUAGAGAAGAAGGCUGGAAGAAACUACGGUCCGCCUGGGAAUAAGACCAUGGUUUAUUUCAUAGAUGAUAUGAACAUGCCUGAAGUAGAUGGAUAUGGAACUGUUCAGCCACAUACUUUGAUUAGACAGCACCUUGACUACAAUCACUGGUACGAUAGAAAUCGCCUUACUCUGAAGGAAAUCCACAACUGUCAGUACGUCGCUUGCAUGAACCCAACUGCCGGAAGUUUCACGAUCAAUCCGAGACUUCAACGACAUUUCUGCGUAUUUGCUAUCAGUUUUCCUGGAACUGAAGCUUUGAAUAUGAUAUAUCAUUCGAUCCUGAGUCAACAUCUCACCAACCCUGAAUAUAAAUUCCCUUCUUUCAUAUGCAAGCUGAGCGAUAACAUAGUGAACGCUUCAGUAGCACUACAUCACAAAGUGUCACAGAUAUACUUGCCGACAGCUGUGAAGUUUCAUUAUAUAUUCAACUUGAGAGAUAUCUCCAACGUUUUUCAGGGUUUAUUAUUCAGUACGAAUGACUGCCUGAAUCAACCAUUUGAUUUGGUUCGUCUAUGGGUUCAUGAGUGUCAAAGGGUAUACGGAGACAAACUGAUAGAAGAAAAAGAUAUAGACUCAUUCAGCAAACUACAGCUCGAUAUAUUUAAGAAAAAUUUUGAGGAAAUUGACGAAUCCAUAGUAUUUGAAAAACCAAAUAUCUACUGUCACUUUGCUGGUGGUAUCGGAGAGCCGAAAUAUAUGCCCAUCAAAAAAUGGAUUGAUCUGACCAAGCUAUUAAAUGAGGCUUUAUCUAGCUAUAACGACUUGGUAGCUGCUAUGAACUUAGUAUUGUUUGAAGACGCAAUGAUGCAUAUUUGUCGAAUUAAUCGAAUCUUAGAGUCCCCAAGAGGAAGCGCUUUGCUUGUCGGUGUAGGUGGUAGUGGCAAACAAUCUCUAGCAAGGCUGGCCGCGUUCAUAUCAUCGUUAGAAGUAUCACAGAUACAACUGAAGAAGGGUUACGGAGUACUUGACCUAAAAAAGGAAAUGGCAGUCCUUUACUUGAAAAGCGGCCUUAAAAAUGUUGGCAUCAUGUUUCUGAUGACGGAUGCGCAGGUGCCCAACGAACAGUUUCUAGUUCUGAUAAACGAUAUGCUGGCAUCUGGAGAGAUUCCAGAUAUGUUUCCGGACGACGAAAUUGAAAAUAUAAUUGCGGGUGUAAGAAAUGAGGUUAAAGGUGCUGGAAUCUUGGACACUAGAGAAAACUGCUGGAAAUUCUUUAUAGAAAGAGUUCGAAGACAAUUAAAAGUAGUAUUAUGCUUCUCGCCAGUCGGUUCUACUCUCAGAGUUAGAUCGAGAAAGUUUCCUGCAAUCAUAAACUGUACGCAAAUCAACUGGUUCCACGAAUGGCCGCAAGAGGCGCUUGUAUCGGUAUCGUUGAAGUUCUUGCAAGAAGUUAGCGUUUUGCCUGGAGACCUUCGGGAUUCUGCGGCUCGUUUCAUGGCAUACGCCCACACUUCUGUGAAUACGAUGUCGAAGUUAUAUUUACAAAAUGAGAGACGAUACAACUACACGACACCAAAGUCGUACCUUGAACAAAUCACGUUGUAUUCUAAGUUACUGAAUCAGAAAGCCGAGGAGCUUGAAUCAAAAAUAAAGCGUUUGGAAAAUGGCUUAGAGAAACUUAGGACCACUGCAAUUCAAGUAGAUGAGCUCAAGAAAAAACUAGCAGUACAAGAGAUCGAACUCAAAGAAAAAAAUGAGGCUGCGGACGAACUGAUCAAAAUCGUCGGCAUCGAGACUGAAAAAGUGUCUAUCGAAAAAAAUCUGGCAGACGAAGAAGAAGAAAAGGUAGCUACAAUAGCAGAAGAGGUAUCCAAGAAACAAAAAGAUUGCGAAGAAGAUCUAAGGAAGGCAGAACCCGCUCUGAUAGCAGCACAGGAGGCUCUGAAUACCCUGAACAAAGCCAACUUGACAGAACUGAAAUCGUUCGGGUCACCACCUGCAGCGGUUACUAACGUUACUGCAGCUGUGAUGGUACUUCUUUCGCAAGAUGGCAAAGUACCUAAAGAUAGAAGUUGGAAAGCUGCAAAAAUCGUUAUGGCCAAGGUUGACACUUUUCUAGACGCCUUAAUAAACUACGACAAAGAAAACAUCCAUCCUGAAGUAAUCAAAUCAAUAGAACCCUAUCUGAGGAAUCCAGAGUUUGAACCAGAGUUUGUUCGCUCCAAAUCUGCAGCAGCCGCUGGACUUUGCGCUUGGGUCAUAAACAUAAUCAAAUUCUACGAGGUGUUUUGUGAUGUAGAACCUAAGAGAAAAGCUCUGGCAGCUGCAAAUGCCGAACUAGCAGCAGCCAAAGAGAAGCUGGACUCGAUUAAGAAGAAAGUUGUUUCUCUAGAAGAGCAGUUGGCAAAACUGACAGCGGAUUUCGAAAAAGCUACCCACGAGAAGCUGUUAUGUCAACAAGAAGCAGAUGCUACGAAUGCCACCAUCCAAUUGGCCAAUCGUUUGGUAGGUGGCUUGGCAAGUGAGAAUGUACGUUGGGCAGAAGCAGUGAAUAGUUUUCUGGAGAAUGGCAAGAUGCUGCCAGGUGAUGUUCUCCUAACAACUGCCUUCAUCUCAUAUGUAGGAUGUUUCACCAAGCAAUAUCGCCUGGAUCUACUUCAUAAGAUGUGGCUACCGUUUUUCAACAAUUUAGAUCCUCCUAUACCGAUCACGGAGAACCUAGAUCCACUGCUGCUUUUGACAGAUGAUACGAUUAUAGCGAAAUGGCAGAACGAAGGAUUACCAAGUGAUAGAAUGUCCAUUGAAAACGCCACAAUAUUAUCCAAUUCUGAAAGAUGGCCUCUGAUGAUUGAUCCACAGCUCCAAGGAAUCAAGUGGAUCAAACAACGAUAUGGAUAUGAUCUGAAAGUGAUUCGUUUAGGGCAAAAAAGCUACCUGGAAGUAAUUGAGAAAAGCAUCACACAGGGUGCAACGGUACUAUUAGAAAAUAUUGAAGAAACCGUCGAUCCUGUUUUGGACACACUCUUGGGAAGAUACCUGAUCAAAAAGGGAAAGGCCAUAAAGAUAGGUGACAAAGAGAUAGAAUAUAAUCCUAAUUUCCGCUUGAUACUGCAUACAAAACUAGCAAACCCCCACUAUAAGCCAGAGAUGCAAGCACAAGCAACUUUGAUCAAUUUCACAGUUACUAGAGAUGGUCUUGAAGAUCAACUCCUUGCUGAAGUUGUUAAGGCUGAGAGGCCUGAUCUCGAGGACUUGAAGGCUGACUUAACAAAACAGCAGAACGACUUCAAAAUAACGCUCAAAACCCUUGAAGAUGAUCUUUUAUCCAGACUAUCUUCUGCCGGAGGAAACUUAUUGGGUGACACGACGCUAGUAGAAAAUCUGGAGACGACAAAAAGAACAGCGGCAGAAAUAGAACAGAAAGUAGCCGAAGCCAAAGUGACAUCUCAAAAAAUUGAUCAGGCUCGCGAAUACUAUCGACCAGCAGCUGCUAGAGCUAGUUUGUUGUACUUCAUAUUGAACGAUUUGAAUAUGAUCAAUCCCAUCUACCAGUUUUCCUUGAAGGCAUUCAGUGUGGUGUUCCAAAAAGCCAUCGCUAAAGCUGAUCCAGCAGAAACAGUGGCUGAAAGAGUCAACAAUCUGAUCGCGUGCAUUUCAUUUUCGGUUUUCCAAUACACAACAAGAGGAUUAUUUGAGUGUGAUAAGCUUAUUUUUGCUUCGCAAAUGACAUUCCAGAUCCUACUGAUGAAUGAAGAAAUACAAGCUAUGGACUUAGACUUCCUUCUGAGAUUCCCCAUAAAGCCGCAUGUCAGCAGUCCUGUGGAUUUUCUCGCCAAUAAUAGUUGGGGAGGGAUUUGCAGUUUGGCAACGAAGGACGAGUUCAGAAAUCUAGACAGGGACAUCGAGAAUAAUCCGAAACGGUGGAAAAAGCUAGUGGAGUGCGAGUGUCCGGAAAAAGAAAAAUUCCCACAGGAAUGGAAGAAUAAGACUGCGCUGCAGAGGUUGUGCAUGAUGAGGGCUUUGAGACCGGAUAGGAUGAUAUACGCAAUGAUGGCAUUUAUCGAAGAAAAACUGGGCAGCAAAUACGUCGACAACAAAACCCUAGAGUUCGAAAAAUCUUUCGAAGAAGCCAGUCAAUCAACCCCUAUCUUUUUCAUCCUAUCACCAGGAGUCAACCCUUUGAAAGACGUCGAGGAACUGGGAGAAAAACUGGGCUUCACUUUGGACAAAGGCAACUUCCACAACGUCAGUUUGGGCCAAGGCCAGGAAGUUGUGGCAGAAAAAGCGAUGGAAGUAGGGGCCAAGCAUGGCCACUGGGUCGUGCUGCAGAACAUACACUUGGUGAAGAAGUGGUUGCCAGCAUUAGAGAAGAAUCUGGAAAAGUAUGCUGAAGGGUCUCAUCCUGAUUAUAGGGUGUUCAUGAGUGCUGAACCAGCUGCUAGUCCUACUGCUCACAUUAUACCUCAGGGGAUUUUGGAGUCUUCGAUUAAAAUCACCAAUGAACCACCGACAGGGAUCAAAGCGAACCUCCACAAAGCCCUAUCAAACUUUAAUCAAGAAACGUUGGAGCAAUGCAGCAAAGAAGCCGAAUUCAAAGUCAUACUCUUCUCUCUCUGUUAUUUCCACGCUGUGGUAGCAGAACGAAGAAAAUUCGGCCCACAAGGUUGGAACAAAAUAUAUCCUUUCAACGUCGGUGACCUAACGAUCAGUGUUUUUGUCCUCUACAAUUACCUGGAGGCUAAUACCAAAGUCCCGUGGGAAGACCUUAGAUUCCUGUUCGGUGAAAUCAUGUAUGGAGGUCAUAUAACUGACGACUGGGAUAGGAGGUUGUGUAUUUCGUAUUUGGAAGAACUUUUACAACCAGAUCUGGUUGAUGGUGAACUGCAUCUAGCUCCAGGCUUCAUGGCACCGCCUAACACAGACUACCAAGGUUACCACCAGUACAUAGACGAUAUGAUGCCUCCGGAAUCACCAGUGUUGUAUGGCUUGCAUCCUAAUGCGGAGAUUGGUUUUUUGACGACUACCGCUGAUAACUUGUUUAGGACCGUUUUCGAAAUGCAACCAAGAGAUGGAGGAGCUACUGGCGGUGCUACGGUGACCAGGGAGGACAAAGUGAAACAGAUGAUAGAUGAAAUGGUGGAAAAGUUGCCAGAGGAAUUCAACAUGACCGAAAUUAUGGGGAAAGUAGAAGAACGUACUCCAUACGUCAUUGUAGCAUUUCAAGAAUGUGAAAGGAUGAACUUCUUAACUGGAGAAAUAAGAAGAUCUCUAAAAGAGCUGGAAUUAGGCAUUAAGGGAGAACUGACAAUAACCUCAGACAUGGAAGAUUUAGAAAAUGCUCUGUUUUUGGACCAAGUGCCUCCAGUUUGGGCAGCUAGAGCUUAUCCUUCACUUCUAGGACUAACAUCUUGGUUUGUGGACUUGCUUUUGAGGAUCAGGGAGCUCGAAACUUGGUCUACUGACUUUGUGUUACCAGCCUCUGUUUGGUUAGGAGGUUUCUUCAAUCCGCAGUCACUGCUUACUGCAAUAAUGCAGAGCACUGCUAGAAGAAACGAGCUACCGCUUGACAAGAUGUGCUUGCAGUGUGACGUCACCAAGAAACAAAAGGAAGAUUUUACGAGCGCCCCCAGGGACGGAGCCUAUAUCCACGGCUUGCACAUGGAAGGCGCAAAAUGGGACGUGCAAGCUGGUAUCAUCAUGGAUUCCAGAUUGAAAGAACUCUUCCCAGCGAUGCCCGUCAUAUACGUCAAGGCGAUCACACAGGACAAACAGGAUCUGAGGAAUAUGUACCAAUGUCCGUUGUACAAGACUAGAACCAGGGGCGCGACAUACGUAUGGACGUUCAAUUUGAAGACUAAGGACAAACCGGCCAAGUGGACUUUGGCUGGAGUCGCACUUCUGCUUCAAACUUAA